AUGUUGAAGGCAGGCAUAGUGAGACCGAGUCAGAGUCCUUUUUCAAGUCCAGUAUUACUAGUUAAAAAGAAAGAUGGUAGCUGGAGGUUUUGCAUCGAUUACAGGGCACUGAACAAGGUCACAGUGUUGGACAAAUUCCCUAUACCAAUGAUAGACCAAUUGUUGGAUGAAUUACAUGGAGCAAGGGUGUUUUCAAAGUUGGAUUUGAGAUCAGGGUACCAUCAGAUCAGAAUGAAGACAGAGGACAUUCCCAAGACAGCAUUCAGAACACAUGAUGGACACUAUGAGUUUUUAGUAAUGCCUUUUGGCCUUACUAAUGCUCCAGCAACAUUCCAAGCAUUAAUGAAUGAGAUUUUCAGACCUUACCUAAGGAAGUUUGUGUUAGUAUUUUUUGAUGACAUUCUGGUAUACAGCUGCUCACUACAGGAUCAUGCAACACAUCUACAGACGGUGCUAGCUGUAUUACAGAAACACAAGCUAUACGCUAACAAAAAGAAGUGUGAAUUUGGAAGACAACAGAUAGACUAUCUGGGGCAUAUAAUUUCUCAAGAGGGUGUAUCUACAGACCCAGCUAAGACAGCAGCAAUGCAAAAGUGGCCAACCCCAAGCAAUGUGAAGGAAUUAAGAGGAUUUCUGGGGCUGACAGGAUAUUACAGACGCUUUGUACAGAACUAUGGCACCAUAGCCCGUCCCUUGACAGAUCUACUAAAGAAAGAUGGGUUUAAUUGGUCUGAAGAUGCUUCGAGUGCAUUUAGGAAACUAAAACAGGCUAUGACAUCUGCUCCAGUUCUGGGACUACCAGAUUUUCGUGAAGAUUUUGUGGUUGAAACGGAUGCCUCGGGAUUUGGCAUCGGAGCAGUCCUAAUGCAGAAGCAUAGGCCAAUUGCCUUCUUUAGUCAGGCUCUGUCUGAAAGGGAGAGAUUGAAACCAGUAUAUGAGAGGGAAUUAAUGGCAGUGGUUCUCUCUAUCCAACGUUGGAGACACUACCUAUUGGGUAGAAGUUUUCUGGUUUGCACAGACCAGAAAGCCUUAAAAUUCUUACUGGAACAACGCGAGGUGAGUAUGGAAUACCAACGUUGGUUGACUAAACUACUGGGAUAUGAUUUUCAGAUUGUUUAUAGGCCAGGAGUGGAGAAUAAGGCAGCUGAUGGCCUGUCCAGAAUGCCACAUGACUAUCAGAAUGGGAAGAAACCAUUUAAGGAUUGGGCAGACGUGAGAGAAAGGAUAACAAGAAGAUUUGGUGGAAGGAAGCUGGGCUCACCUUUCGACAGACUACUGUCAUUGAGACAAACAGGUACGGUAGAAGAAUACUUGUGUGAGUUUGAAGAAUUAUUAGCUCAGGUACCUCAUACUCCUGAAGAAAUGGUAGAAAGUACAUUCAAAAAUGGAUUGAAACCAGAGAUAUUGGAGAUAUUACAGAUUUUCCGACCUAAAGGCAUGGAAGAAAUAGUGGAUGUGGCACUGAGCAUUGAAGGCAGCAAGCUAAGUGCGGUGUGUGGAGGAAAAGGAGGUAGUGAUGGAAAGAACUGGAGGACGGGAUAUACAGGCUCAUCAUUCAGAACAGUUUCAGUACCUACUGAAAACCAGAAAUACCAGAACCAAUCAUACAGGAGCAAUUUUCAAGAAAGAGGAAGACAGAUCAAUGGAGGAAAAGGACCAAAAGAGGAGGGUGGAGUUCAAGAAAAGAAAUCAACAUUCAAAAGAAUGUCUGAUGCUGAAUUUGAAGAGAAAAGGAAGAAGGGAUUAUGUUUCAGGUGUGAUGAGAAGUUUUUUGUGGGACACAGAUGCAAACAGAAGGAGUUACAAGUGAUUUUGGCUGAGGAAAUAACAGAAACAGGGGAGGAACUGGAGGAAGAGCAGGAUAAUGAAGCAGGAAACAGAGAGGACGAGGGAGAGUUUGCUGAGCUAUCACUCAACUCAGUAGUGGGGUUAACUUCACCAAAAACACUGAAGAUCCGAGGAUCAAUAGAAGGCCAGGAAGUAGUUGUAUUGAUUGACAGUGGAGCCACUCAUAACUUCAUAUCCUUGAAGUUAAUGAAGAAGCUGAAAUUAAGACCUGAAGGUAACACUCAAUUUGGAGUAUCUUUGGGAACAGGUAUGAAGGUAAAAGGAAAAGGGAUUUGUAAGGCAGUACAUUUACAAUUACAGCAGAUAGAAGUAGUAGAAGAUUUCUUACCACUGGAAUUAGGAAGUGCUGAUUUGAUUCUGGGAGUACAGUGGCUACAGAAGCUGGGAAAAGUUCAGAUGGAUUUUCAGGAUCUGGAGUUGAAGUUCAAUCAAGGCACAUCAUGGGUUACAGUAACAGGUGAUCCUACUCUACAUAGUUCAUUGGUAACCCUGAGAUCAUUGAUCAAAUCAGUUUGUGAUGGAGAUCAGAGCUACUUAGUUAAGCUGGAAACAUUAGAAGAGCAAGUGGGGGUUGAUUCAAAUCUUCCGGAGAAGUUACAGGCAGUGCUGGAAGAGUUUGGGCCAGUGUUUGAAAUCCCUACUGAAUUACCACCAGAAAGGGGUAGAGAGCAUCCAAUUAAUCUCAAAGAAGGAACAGGUCCUGUAAGUGUCAGACCUUAUAGAUACCCCCAUGCACACAAAGAAGAGAUUGAGAAACUAGUGAAGGAUAUGUUGAAGGCAGGCAUAGUGAGACCGAGUCAGAGUCCUUUUUCAAGUCCAGUAUUACUAGUUAAAAAGAAAGAUGGUAGCUGGAGGUUUUGCAUCGAUUACAGGGCACUGAACAAGGUCACAGUGUUGGACAAAUUCCCUAUACCAAUGAUAGACCAAUUGUUGGAUGAAUUACAUGGAGCAAGGGUGUUUUCAAAGUUGGACUUGAGAUCAGGGUACCAUCAGAUCAGAAUGAAGACAGAGGACAUUCCCAAGACAGCAUUCAGAACACAUGAUGGACACUAUGAGUUUUUAGUAAUGCCUUUUGGCCUUACUAAUGCUCCAGCAACAUUCCAAGCAUUAAUGAAUGAGAUUUUCAGACCUUACCUAAGGAAGUUUGUGUUAGUAUUUUUUGAUGACAUUCUGGUAUACAGCUGCUCACUACAGGAUCAUGCAACACAUCUACAGACGGUGCUAGCUGUAUUACAGAAACACAAGCUAUACGCUAACAAAAAGAAGUGUGAAUUUGGAAGACAACAGAUAGACUAUCUGGGGCAUAUAAUUUCUCAAGAGGGUGUAUCUACAGACCCAGCUAAGACAGCAGCAAUGCAAAAGUGGCCAACCCCAAGCAAUGUGAAGGAAUUAAGAGGAUUUCUGGGGCUGACAGGAUAUUACAGACGCUUUGUACAGAACUAUGGCACCAUAGCCCGUCCCUUGACAGAUCUACUAAAGAAAGAUGGGUUUAAUUGGUCUGAAGAUGCUUCGAGUGCAUUUAGGAAACUAAAACAGGCUAUGACAUCUGCUCCAGUUCUGGGACUACCAGAUUUUCGUGAAGAUUUUGUGGUUGAAACGGAUGCCUCGGGAUUUGGCAUCGGAGCAGUCCUAAUGCAGAAGCAUAGGCCAAUUGCCUUCUUUAGUCAGGCUCUGUCUGAAAGGGAGAGAUUGAAACCAGUAUAUGAGAGGGAAUUAAUGGCAGUGGUUCUCUCUAUCCAACGUUGGAGACACUACCUAUUGGGUAGAAGUUUUCUGGUUUGCACAGACCAGAAAGCCUUAAAAUUCUUACUGGAACAACGCGAGGUGAGUAUGGAAUACCAACGUUGGUUGACUAAACUACUGGGAUAUGAUUUUCAGAUUGUUUAUAGGCCAGGAGUGGAGAAUAAGGCAGCUGAUGGCCUGUCCAGAAUGCCACACAACACGAUUCUGGAACCAACAUGUAUGGGGUUAGCCAUAACUAUUCCGAGAAAUAUACAACUGGUGGAGGUAGAGAAAGAAAUUGGGGAAGACAGUGAUCUGAAGGAGAUAGUCAGCAAGCUGAAGGAAGGGGAAACCAAAGUGGGAAAGUAUCAUUUGCUACAAGGUAUGCUGAGAUAUAAAAACAGGUUAGUAGUUUCCAAACAUUCAAGUUUCAUUCCUACAAUUCUGGCUGAGUUCCAUGACAGUAAGAUGGGAGGGCAUUCAGGGGUUUUGAGAACAUUAAAAAGGAUACAGGAGUUGUUUCAUUGGGUAGGAAUGAAAGCUGAUAUUAAGAAAUAUGUAGCUGAAUGUGCUGUCUGUCAAAGCCAAAAGUAUUCAACUUUGGCUCCAGCAGGUCUCUUGCAACCAUUACCGAUUCCAGAACACAUUUGGGAGGACAUUUCAAUGGAUUUCAUUGAGGGCUUACCAAGAUCAGCAGGUUAUAAUGUAGUACUGGUAGUAGUUGACAGAUUGAGCAAAUAUGCUCACUUCAUAGCCUUAAAACAUCCGUUUACAGCUAUGGUGGUUGCUAAGGUUUUUGUACAGGAGGUAGUCAGGCUACAUGGGUUUCCAAAAUCCAUAGUAUCAGACAGGGACAAGGUAUUCCUCAGCAACUUUUGGUCGGAAUUAUUUCGGAUAGCAGGCACCAAAUUAAAGUUUAGUACAGCCUAUCAUCCACAAACAGAUGGACAGACAGAGGUAUUAAACAGAUGCUUGGAGACAUAUUUGAGGUGUUAUGCUAAUGAUCAUCCCAGGAAAUGGAUUCAAUUUCUGAGUUGGGCAGAGUUUUGGUACAACACUUCGUUCCACACAGCAUUACAGUCCACACCAUUUCAGAUUGUGUAUGGAAGAGAACCACCUACAUUACUGAAAUAUGAGGAGGGAUCUACUUCUAAUUUUGAACUGGAAAAAGCACUAAGGGAAAGGGAUAGAAUGAUAUUGGAGAUCAAGCAGAAACUUCAAGCAGCUCAACAGAGAAUGAAAGUAUCAGCUGAUAAAGGGAGGCGAGAUCUGACAUUGACAGUAGGGGAGUGGGUUUAUUUGAAAAUCAGACCAUACAGGCAGAACACUCUGGCAGCAAGGAGUAAUCAGAAGCUAGCUGCUCGAUAUUAUGGCCCUUUUCAAAUAGAAAGCAGGAUGGGAGAGGUAGCAUAUAAACUAAAGUUACCUAAGGGGUGCAACAUUCAUCCUGUAUUUCAUAUUUCACAGCUUAAAAAGGCUUUGGGAGGUAACAUCCAACCAAACCAAUUACCAAGGCAGUUGACAAGAGAUCUGGAACUACAAGUUCAGCCGAAAGACAUCAAGGAUUCCAGGUAUACUAAAGAGGGUCGGUUGGAAGUUUUGGUUGAAUGGCAGGAUUUACCAGAACAUGAGAGUACAUGGGAAGUGGCUGAAGAUUUCAACAAGCAAUUUCCUAGCUUUCAGCUUGAGGACAAGCUGAGACAGAAAGGGGGGAGUAUUGAUAAGUAUUUCAGGGUUUACGUCAGAGGCAGGAAGAGAGGAAAAGAAGCAGUAAAUGGUGAAGAUCAAGAGGAAGGAGCUGAAGAAGUGGCUGAAGAAGGAGCUGGAGGGAUAAGAGAGGGGAGCUGAAGCAAGAAGGAACAGCUGAAGAGAAAGGUACGCUGCUAUUAGAUUUGUUUGUUUGUGUAUAAGGAUAGUAUAUGUUGAUUGUGUUUGUUGCAUAGUUGGUUAGUAGUUGUGAAUAAACAGCUGUAUUGUCUGUUAUGGUUAGGAAUAUGGUUAGCUGUUAGUAAUUCUGUUAGGAUGGGAUUGUAUAAAUAGUGUAGAGAAGGGAUUGAAGGGUUUUUAGGCAAUUUCUAGUACAGAAUUGUAAGGGGAAGAGAGUGGGGACCUCUCUCUAAUCAAAGUCAUCCAUCGUGUACCUGUUUUCGGUGAUCAAUAAAGCUGGGCAGUUCUUCU